AAACAUCAGUCUGCUCAUUUCCUCGUAGCAUUUAGUUCAUUUAGGUACCUUUCAAAAGUCAACCCUAACCGCAAGGUUAAAGAAACUCAAAUUCAAAUAGUAGAGGGGAAGCCAUCGUCAGCCAUGAUGCAUCCUAACUCUACAGCACCUUAUACUGUGCGAAAUCUACUUGGAUCAAGCGAAUUCUAUCCGAGUUAUGAAAAAGCAGGUCAAAGCGAUUGCCUAACACAAAUGUCUUCGAUUCACACUUUGCCUAACAAGAGUGGAGGAACCGCAAACCCUAGUCUACACAUACAAGAAAGCGCGAAUAGUAGCUAUCUUUACGGCGAGACCACAAGACCGAUGUAUAUGAAAAGCGAUGUGCCGACUCAUCCAAACGCUAGCGCUACAACAAGUCAGAUUCACGAAGGACCUCCACAAGUGUCAAUGGAUUCCGAGCUCAACAGCAAGCCAGAUAGCCAUGAAAUCACUCAAGACCUUCACGUUUCUCAACCACAGCCGAACGACAUGCAGCACCUCUCAACAGCGAAUUCCAUUUCGACUGAUGUGGGCAGCAAACCGAAACGAAUCCGCAGAAAGCCUCGAGUAUUAUUCUCACAAGCGCAGGUUUACGAGUUAGAGAGACGUUUCAAACAACAGAAGUACCUCUCGGCACCGGAGAGAGAGCAUCUCGCUACUAUGCUUAAGUUAACACCGAACCAAGUCAAGAUAUGGUUUCAAAAUAAGCGCUACAAAUGUAAGAAACAAGCCAUAGAAAACAAAGCUCGAGCUGCAGGAAUGGAAUCAUGGUAUGGUUUACCUCCAGAACCAAGGAGAGUAUCGGUUCCUGUAUUAGUAAGAGAUGGGGAACCCUGUAUGGGGAGAGAACAAAUCCCAACUUACGGCUAUAACAUGAAUAUGAACUUCCCAGCCCACUAUAUGUAUCCAGCGCAAAAUAAUCCUCUCACCAAUAGAACAUGGUGACAUAAAGACAAUGGACUUCAGCUGGCUGAGCACGGCAUAGCCAAAAACGAUAUCCAACACUCACAACGUAUUUAAUUUUUUGCUAUUCCAAGUGUAAAAUAGUCAAAGCAAGUUCCCAAACAAUACAGGAAAACUGAUAUAUCGUUUGAUAAAAGAUAAAAUAUACAUGUAUUGUACAUAAGUGUUGUGAGCUCAACGGAAAAAAUUAAGAACUAUUAUUAUCAAUUUAAUGCGGAUUUUUUUUGUCUUAGGAACAUGCUGUAUUUAUAUAUGCGUUCGAGGAACUAUUGUGUAUUAAGGUUAAUCAAAAGUAGAGUAUGUAGCUAAGUUAACAUUAUAGUGUUUACUCUCCCAACAAGUUAGAUUAAGCACUCAGUGCUUCAACGAUUAGGUCUAUUCUCAAAAGUUGGUUUUGAUAAGAAUCAGUGACGUGCCGAAGCAAAUAUCAUCUUUUUCUGUCUCUUCGCAAAUAUGACUUUUGACUCCAUCAUCAAUAAAAAUAUUUAAGAACACUA